AUGUUUGAUGACCGUUUCCGCUGUCUCCUAAGGAAAGGCGUUUAUCCGUACACCUUCGUCGACAGUUUCGAAGCGUACGUUUUGCCCGCGCUACCGCCAAAGGAAGCUUUCAAAAAUGACCUGAACGAUGAAGAUAUCUCGGACCAGGACUAUCAGUACGCCCGUGAUAUUUCUGAAUAUUUUGAAUGUAGCAACUUUGGCGAUUACACGCGUCUCUACGUCACGCUCGACACCUGUCAGCUCUACGACGUCGUGCUUUACGCGUGGAGCAGCGUACUGAAGCUCACCAAAGUCAAACCCGAGCUCGUGAGCGAUCGUGAGAUGUACGAAACGAUCGAGAAGGGAAUCAGGGGCGGCAUUUGUGGUUUUGAGUGGGUCGAUCCUUCCAGCUGGGGCGAUAUCGAUUUUCUCAGAAUUCCUCACGAUUCAGAAGUGGGCUACGUGUACGUGGUAGACCUGUCCUAUCCCGAAAAACAGCACGCGCUCACGAGGGACUUCCCUCUGGCACCCGAACACAGAACCGUGGACGAGGGUCAACUAUCCACCUACCAAAGGAACUUGAAGGAGGCAUUGGCACUGAACGCGCCACCCACGAGGAAAUUGUUACUGACAUGUUACGACAAAGAAAGUUACGUCGUGCACUAUUAUCUGCUCACUCUCUACGUGAGGUUGGGCAUGAAAAUAAAACACAUUCACGCCAUCCUAAAACCAUCCAUAAAACCAUCCAUAAAACACGUUCCGCCGAGACAAUUUUUUGUCCGCCUUCGUGCAUCAACCACGAAAUUCGAGCGUUUACUGUAUAAGACCAUAACAAAUAGCACGUUCGGGAAAACGAUUCAAAAUGUGAGACGCAUGAAGAGGUACACCAUAGCCUACGACAAAGAAAGCGCGCUCAGAAAAGCUAGUUCCAUCGACUUCCAGCAUUUCCACAUCCUGAGUGACAAGUGCAUCUUGUACGAGAUGAAACAGCGUCGUAUCAAAUGCACGCACCCCCUUUACGUGGGCUUUGCCAUUUUAGAGAUAUCCAAAGUCCGAAUGUACAGCUUCAUUUACGAGUCGCUCUUUUCUCGCUUAACCUGUUCAGUGCAGUUGAUCUAUGGAGAUACGGACAGUAUAAUUUUUGCUCUCACGUGCGAGAGCCUCGUAGAGCAGCUGAUGAAAAUUCAGCACGAGCUAGAUCUCUCCUCUUAUCCACCGGACCAUCCACUUUUCAACGCCGAGCACGCGAACCAGAUGGGAACAGUCUCUCAGAGGCAGUGCACCAUCCAGAGCAUAAAGCAAACAAUGUACACCAUUUCGAGAGUCAAGAAGAGCUUGGUCUCCUACGAUGACAAGCGCUAUCUGGUCGACGCCGUACGUUCUUUUCCUUACGGCACCUGCGAAUACGAGGCACCGGAAAACCCGGAAGAGAGCCCAGGGGCUCAAUCUUGA